CAAGAACACAACGCUGUGAUGCGUGUGUUAUUCCUGCGAUGUGUCAGAUAAAUCCGGUUUCUUUCCGCACGGUUCGGAUUCUCUAGCCCGCAGAUCUUUUCUUUUAAAGUGAAAGUAGCCUGACAGCCAGAGUUCACUCGUGUUAAAGAGGUCAUGGCACAGGUAGAGGAGGCUCAGACAGAAGGAGAAAGCAGCCCCCAGAUGGUCUCCUUAAGAUCAGACGCAUCGGGGAGCCAUGCGGACGAUGGAGAAGUGGGACCCUCCAUGAGGAGGAAGAGGAGGAAGAAGAAAGAGCCACGUCCGGAGUCCAUCAUCGUGUACCGCUCGGAAGUGGAGCGAGCGCCCGGAGAGGACCAGAGUGGUGAGGACGGAGGAGAGAGGAGCACUGAAGAGGGAGCAAAGUUCCUCUGCACGCCUACAGGUGAAGGAGGAGGCUGGAAUCUUCCUCCGGACAGCCGCUACGUGACCCUGACAGGCACCAUCACACGUGGAAAAAAGAAAGGUCAGGUGGUAGAUAUACAUGUCACUUUGACAGAGAAGGAGCUGAGGGAGUUGGCCAAGUCAAAAGAGCGUCUCAACGCAGAGUGUGAGGCGGGAGAGGGCUCCAAACGCACCUGCACCUUAGGAGUGUGUCAGGGGCCCCAUGUAAUCCUAUGGAGCAUAUCGUGCGCUCCUGUGGUUUUCCUCCUCUCCUUCAUCACUUCCUUCUACUACGGCACUCUCACCUGGUACAACGUCUUCCUGGUGUACAACGAGGAGCGGACGUUUUGGCACAAGAUCACAAUUUGUCCCUUCCUCAUCAUCUUCUACCCUGUGCUCAUUAUGCCCUUGGCGCUGUCGCUGGCUCUGUACUCCGCCGUGGUGCAGGUGUCCUGGGCCUUCAGUGAGUGGUGGCAGGCCGUGCGAGACCUGGAGAAAGGCUUCUGUGGCUGGGCCUGCGGGAAACUGGGCCUGGAGGACUGUUCCCCCUACAGCAUAGUGGAGCUGCUGGACUCGGACACAGUUUCUGGCACUCUGCAGAGCAAGGCCCCCAGCGAAUUUGCACAGACGUCAUCAGUUUGAACUUAGUAGCAGAUUCUGAAAUCGCGGCACAUAUGACAAUUUCUUGCAAAGUAUAACUCAACAAACACUGCCCAAACUGUCUCUAGACAGUGAACUGUUUCUACAAUCAAACGUAUUAUUGAACUGUGAGCAUGAUUGGUUGUUAUGGAUCAGUUUUUAUAUUUAAGUGUUUU